AGUAGAGAGAGCACAACCCCCCCCCCCCCCCCCCCCCCCCCCCAGCCCCAAACCAAAAUGAUGAGUCACUUGAUAGACUAAUAUUUACUCCAUUAAAUUCAUUGAACAAAUCUGUGCCUUUUUCUCCAUAAUUUCUGGGAAUUAUGGGGAAAAAGGCUAAGAAAAAGGCCAGAAGUGCUGUCAAGGAGGCGCGGAAUCCCAUUGCAUCUGCAAAUCCUAUUGAGCAAAAGAGUCAGAAUAUUGGUACUCCUGAUGAUGCAGUUGUUGUUGUAAAUGAAAGAAAAGGAUGUCCACAUAUUGAUAAGGUUAUUGAUGUGGACAGAGUCUCCGCUAAACUUGAGUCUUCGGAACCUGUUAGGUGCGCAGAUUGCAGGGAAGGAGGAGCUGAUAGACGAGCUAGUAGGACAAAAGGUAAAAAUAAGGGGGGUGCAGAUCCCAAGCAGAAGUCUAAAGCCAUUUGGGUCUGUUUAGUAUGUGGCCAUUUCUCGUGCGGAGGUGUUGGGCUCCCUACUACACCUCAGAGCCAUGCAGUUCGGCAUGCGAGACAUUACCAUCACCCCCUGGUUAUACAGUUUGAAAAUCCUCAACUUCGUUGGUGUUUUCAGUGCAAUACUCUACUUCACGCUAAGAAAGUAGAGGAUGGCAGUGAACAAAAAAAUGUAUUCGGGGACAUAGCCAAGAUGAUUAAAAGGCGUCCGUCUGAAGGGCCUAGUGUUGAUGUGGAAGCUGGGACUGGGAGUGUCACUAGCGGGAUUAAACUAGAAGCUUCUGCUUCCGUUAAUGCUGAUGGAAAAGGUGGUUAUGUAAUUAGGGGAUUGGUUAAUUUAGGGAACACGUGUUUUUUCAAUUCAGUAAUGCAGAACCUACUUGCAAUGAAUAGACUACGUGAUUACUUCCUUAAGUUUGAUGGUUUUGGUGGUCCUCUUACCGCUGCUCUGAAGAAGCUCUUUACUGAGACAAGCAAUGAAGCUGCCUCGAAAAAAUCUGUAAAUCCGAAAUCUUUGUUUGGUUCAAUCUGUGCAAAGGCUCCACAGUUUCGAGGAUACCAACAGCAGGACAGUCACGAAUUGCUUCGUUGCUUACUUGAUCGUCUGUGUAGUGAGGAAUUGACCCUCAGAAAGCGAAUCAAAUCUUCUGAGGAUGGCGGUAAAUCUAUGAGUUCAUGUCCAACUUUUGUUGAUGACAUCUUUGGUGGUCGACUCUCUAGUACUGUUAGUUGUAUUGAGUGCGGGCACACUUCAGUAGUCUGUGAGCCAUUCUUGGAUCUCUCAUUGCCCGUUCCAACUAGAAAACCUCCAUCCAAAGGAGCUCAAUCAGUCUCCAAUGCAAAAUUAUUACCUCCAAAGAGAAGUAGAAAAGUUCGACCUAAAGUUAGCAGUUAUGCAGCUUAUCUUAAUGCUCAAAGUGCUCUUGUAAAUGGAGAAAAAUCUCAGAGCCAUGUGCAUCCUACAGUUCCUUCUGAUGCAUCGCUAGAAUACAUUGAUGUUAGUGCUAUGGCUGAUGAUAUGGGUUUCAUGUCACAGGACUUAUGUUCCAUUCAGAGGUCCCAUAAUGGGCAAAAUUGCGAGGGUGUGACUAGGCAGUUGACUUCAGUGGAUGAUUCAACAUGGUUAGAUUUUCUCGAUCAGGAUACACUGCCAAAUGAUGAUGACGGGGCUUCACAAGUUGACCACGUCCUGCCUAAUCAGGGUUCUGAAACUGGAAAUUCUGUUCAACCUGUUGACUCUCUGCAGAAUAAUCUGGAUGCUGAUACAGAGAUGAAGUUAACAUGUACACACAACAUUUCUCCUCCUAAUGAUUUAAUGUGUUUGGAUGAUCAAGGACAAUCCGAAUCACCAGACUGUGAUUUAGCUUCGGAAUUCAGUAAAAAGUUACUGAUUAAAGACCCUGGAAUGACAGACGUCAUAAAUGUGGAUUCAAAUCUUGGAACAGAUUCAUAUACGAGGCUAUCGGAAGAUGAAGCCCCGUUACAACUACAAGAUUCAGAGAUUCUGUUACUUCCUUACAAAGAAGUAAUCUCAACUGCUGGCGACAUGUUAAAAGAAGGUUGCGAGGUAUCCUCAGCUGCUGUUGGUUUGGAAGAAGAUUCAUUGGACUUGGAUGGUUUUGGAGAUUUAUUUAAUGAACCUGACUCUGAUGCACAACCUUCUGAACAGCCUUUGUGCAAUGCUGCUGUUUCUCAGGACAUCAGCGAGUCUGAUCCGGAAGAGGUUGAUGAUACAGAUGCUCCAGUAUCGGUGGAGAGUUGUUUGGCUUAUUUUACAAAGCCUGAGCUUCUUUCCAAAACUGAACAUGCAUGGCAAUGUGAAAACUGCACUAAAAUUCUAAAAGAAAAGAGAACGAGAUCUAAAAAUAAAUUGACGAAGCCUAGAUCACAUAGUAUAAUGAACGGAGACGAGGACAAAAAUCCAAAUGGUGUGUCUUCUUCAGGAACAUCUAAUGGAAGUACAGACAAAGAUGCAUUAGAAACUUUUGAGGAUAGGUUGUUAUCCCAAAAGGAAACCAGCCCUCAAGCUGAGAGAGAUUCGGUCUCUUGGCUAUCAGAAAAUGGCACACAGGAACAUCAUGGUGAAGCUAAUAGUCAAGUGUAUAGCGACUAUCAGAGCAAUAAAGUUCAAUUGCUGGAUGCUCCGCUGGUUUCUGCUAAAUCUGAAUCUGAAGAAAGUGAGAAUGAGGAGACAGACCUUAAAAGAGUUAGAGUUGAGAGAGAUGCAACUAAACGGAUCCUAAUUGAUAAGGUCCCUCCUAUUUUGACAAUUCAUCUAAAGAGGUUCAGUCAAGAUGCUCGGGGGCGGUUGAGUAAGCUGAGUGGCCAUGUGAAUAUUAGAGAUACUGUUGAUCUCAAACCAUACAUUGACACCAGGUGCCUGCAGAAGGAGACAUACAAAUACCACCUUAUUGGUGUAGUGGUACAUUCGGGGACGAUGAGGGGAGGUCAUUAUGUUGCAUAUGUUAGAGGAGGUCCCAAGAUCACAGGGAAAGACGAGAACACGGAAGCUUUUGCGUGGUAUUAUGCAAGUGACUCUCAUGUUCGUGAGGUCUCAUUGGAGGAAGUUCUUCGAGCUGACGCAUACAUUUUAUUCUAUGAAGAAACUUGAUAUAAUGAAGAAACUUGAUAUAAAUUUCUUCAUUUAUAUGAUAAUUUUUUGGGCAUACACACUGACACACAUACAUAUAGAAGGGAGGGGGUGUGGCAGGGGAGAGUGAGUGUACUAUUAUCUCCAGUAUCAACACCCAUUUUUGUUUAUCCAAAUUUUGAUGUGCAAUUGUUUAAGGAAGUACAUAUUUUAGAAUGUACCUUGAGAAUGAGAAUGUGAUUCUUUUUAUGAAUAUGGAAUUGUUAUAUAGGAUGAAUUCUCUUAUUGCCAGGUAAGCUUGAUUCCUUGGUUUUAAGAGAACAAUUUUACAUUUUAAA